AUGGCUGUCAUCGAGUUUUGUUAGAAAAUAAGAAGCUUUUAAUGUGCAUAAAUAUCGAGAUAUUUUCGUGAAUCAUGUACAUGUUUUAUAAUUUUCCAGUAGAGUUAAGUCCUACAAUUAUUAAACGUUAGUUAUAAUCAUUUAUAGAUGUUUAGUGAAAAAGCUUAUUAAGUUCCGACGAUGGCGUCCGAUGGUGAAAUUUCGUGUACGAAUGAUCCUAAUUUCGCUGUUAUUUACUCAUUUUUAAAAGUAUUUGGCAAGUUGUAUGGCUUGUAUGUGCCUACAAUAGCCAAAUUGCAAGAAUUCAUUGAGAACACACAAGAAGUGUUAGAGCCCUUGAAGGAUAUACAUCUGAGACUCUUACGACGUGCCCUUAAGUCCGUGCAGACCAAUAAAUGGGAGAAGUAUCUGAUAAAGUUUUGUCAUCAACAUGCACAUCAUCAGGAGGCUUGGGAAAUGGAAAGGUUUUCGUACAAAAAAGCUAGUACACAAGUGAAAUUAAAAGUUCUAAAGUUAUUACUAGAAUAUCAGUUCACAUGCCAUCCAAAGUUUAAAUCUGCAGUAAAUGCAAUAUCAUGUAAAGAGCUCAGACUGGACCCAAUUGGGAGGGAUAAGAAUGGUUGUGUUUAUUGGUACCAAGUGGAUGAGGAGGCAAAUCUAUGUUUGUUCAAAGAGGAUCAGGACGAAGAAACAUGGCAGUUAGUGGCUAGAAACCGAGAAGAACUAGUUAAAGUUAUAUCACAAUUGAAAAAUGGAGAAGAAGUUUGUCCCUUAAUUGUACCCAAUAAUAAUGAAGAUUCAAGCAGUGCUGAACUUCCUCCUCCAUUAGAGACAACCAAACUCGAAAAUGAUGAUGAGAAUGAGGAAGAAUUUUUAAGUCCAGAAUCAGAAUCAGAACAUGAAGAAUCCUCAAAAGAAGAAAAAGUCCCAGAACAAACCCCAGAAGUAACAGAAGAAGAAAUUAAGAAUGAAAGCCCAGAGUCAAACACAGAAACUAAACAAGAAGAAGAAGAAAAAAGUGUUGAAAGGCCUACUGAAACUUCUAGUGAUGCAUUUAUUGAAACUCAACCUGAGGUUCCUAUUGAAAAUCCUGAUACAAAUCCCACUGAGGACAAAAAAGAGCCAGAGACUGUCAAUAAUGAAUCUCCUGAAAACAAACAUGAACAAGAAGCGGUUAGUGAAGCAAUAGAGGAACCAGUCAUGAUUGUCACUGGGGAAGGCAGUGGGGCAGACUGUGAAAGCUCUUAUAUUAUAGGUGAUGAAAUUACAGAAGAUGUUAUGUAUUUUUUUGGAGAAGGUUGUGGUUAUGACAAUGAUACUGGUAACCCAGAAGUGGUGGAACAAACAAACACUCCUGAUGAAAAUAGUGAAGGAGAAAAUGGUAAUGAAGAAUGUGUAAAUGGAGAACAUCACGAAAUAGCUAAUUUAAGUAGUAAAACUAAAAUAACUAAACCUGUAAAGUUAAAAAGUAGUAUACCUUCAGUCACUAAGAGAACAUUGAGAAAACAAUCAAAUGACACAACUGACUUGUUGAAAUCUGAGUCAAAAAAACAUUGUGUUCGGAAUUCAGAUAAAUCUGAAACUUCUAAUUCAAGUAAUUCUUUGGAAAGAGAAGGAAGUAUUAAUGAUAAAAGUACUACAGAUAGUGAAACUCCUAGAAAAAAUAAUAUUAAAAAAAGUAUUAAAGUAAAAAAGAAACUUGAUAUAACAAAACAGAAACAGCAGGAUAAGAAAGAAAUGUUAAAUUCUGUAUCUGAGACUGAUAAUGGUCAUGAUAGUAAAUCAAGUAUUAUAGAAAAAAGGAAAAGUAGUGUUUCAUCAGUGGAUCAAGAUGAAGGAGAUCACAUAAAUAAUGAAAAGGAAGCAAGUCCUGAUAAAGAAAUCAAAAUUGAAGAUCCUUUGCCCUCUAAGAAAUCACGAUUGGAAACUACUCCAGAGAGUGAUGUCAACAUCUCACAUUCCAAGGACUCCAUAGAUAAGGUAGAUAAUGUAAAUAACAGUGAAAAUAAUGAGAUUAUAAAUAAAGACCCAGAAGACAUUAAGAAUGCAGUAACACAUAGAAAAAAGAUCAAAGCAAGUAAAGGGAAGUUUAAAAGAAAAAAGUUUCUCAAAAAUGCAAACAACAGUGAUACAGUUUUAGGGACAAGUGUUGAUAAGGAUGUUAGUGUUAAGGAUAAGAAAUCUAAAUCAUUAAAACGAUCACUUUUAGAUGCUACCAUGAGUGAUAAAAAUAAAUCGGAAUCUCAAACCGAGACUGAAGAUGAUGAGCCAGUGACAAAAGGAAAACGACAGAAAACUAAACCUAAGAAGAUUUUAACUACUACAAGGAAAAAAGUAGAGGCCAAACUUUUAGAGAAGCAAUCCAGUGAUGAAUCUGAAGAGGAAACACUUUAUAGUAUAGCUGGAAAGAAAUCAAAUAAAAAGAAUCUUAAAAAGAAACCUAAAAGUAAAGAAAAACUAAAAGAUAAAGCUAAGAAGAAAUUGGCUGCACAUUCAGAUGAAUCUGAUGCUGCUCCUGUUAGGCAAUCCCGGAGGAUAGCCCAAAUGAAAAUAAAAGAAGAAGCAGAGAGGAGACACCAGGAGGAAGUGGCCUUAAGAGAAAUGAAAAUGAUACACAAGAAAAAGAGCAAAGACGAGGAGGAGGAGGAGGAGUGGCGCGCGAGCGGCAGCAGCGACGCGGCCAGCGCGGGCCCGGGCCCGGGCCGGGGCGGCGCGGGCCCGGGCCCGGGCCGGGGCCGCCGCCCGGCCACGUGGCGCGCCGCAGACUCCAGCGGGCCCGACCCCGACUCCGACUCCGACGAGCCGCUGUUCGACCUGCACGACGAGCCCGACCUGGACUACUCCAAAUCUGACCAUGAGUUUUCGCCGGAGUCCGACUUGGAAAGUGGCGAUCCAGUCGAACCGCUCAAGAGGGCGAGAACUUUACAAGAGGAGAGCGAGCACUGCGGCGGCUGCAUGCGGUGCGGCAGCGGCGAGCAGCCGGAGUGGAUCCUGCUGUGCGACGGCUGCGACGCCGGCUACCACGCCUCCUGCCUCAAGCCCAUGCUGCUGCUCGUGCCCGAGGGCGACUGGUUCUGUCCGCCCUGCAACCACAAUAUGUUGAUAAGUUCUCUUGAAAAGGAGCUCAACAACUACGACGAGUUGGUGACGCGUGUAGAGGCGGAACGAGCGCGCAAGAAAGAAGAAGAGCCCGAGAAACAAAGCAGCGACGAGAAAGGAGAGGAUCCUGAGGAGAAUGACCAAGAAGCGGAAGCGAGCAGUAGUUCGUGGUCGUCAUCUUCGGAGGAGGAGGAGGAGGCGGUGUACAGACUGCGGGCUCGACGGCAGCUGCCCGUCAGCUACCACGCGCAGGAGUACGACCGCCUCAUCAGCUCGGCCAUCAAGGAAGAAUAUGUGGAACCCACGACAAGUGCGGGUAAUCAGGGGCGAGGCAAAGACAUAUCAACGAUUAUCGAGGCGGCCGAAGAGGAGAAACUGAAGGCAGAGAGGGAAGCUAUUGAACAGGGUAAGCCGGUUGAAGUGAAGAAAUUGCGUAAAAAGACACGACGAAAGCCGCGCAAACUGAACUCGCUCGAAGUGCCUUCAGAGGACGACGACGAGACCGACGAAGAUUUCAAGGACACCGGUAUGGAGUCGUCGUCAGAGGACAUAUCAUCGUCCGCUGAGCGGGACAGCUCCAGUGAUUCCGGAUCAACUGACUCCUUACCUAUACGACGAACGGGCAGAACUGAUAAGAAAGAGCGUGCAAAAAUGACAGAAUCUUCUCCAGAGGUGAAGAAGAAGAAGAAAGUUUUUGACGACACCUCGAGUCUUACAUUAGGAAUUUGGAUUUUAACCAACAAACCCAGCAAGCCCAAACAUUCCAGACCGAAACCUCGCCCGCCAAAGAACCGGGACAAAUCCAAACGUAGACGCAAACGCAAGAGUGGCGGACUGACGCAGUACGACGCGGACGGGAACGUGAUCCGAGCGCGGGUCACCUACGGAGGACUCAGCGACGACGGACCCAACGACUGGUCGCCCAAGCACCGCACGCGCCAGCGCAAGAUCAACUACACGGAGAUGCCCAACACGGAGUCAGAGGACGAGAUGCACAAGUCGAGCGGUAAGCACAUGCCGGACAGCUCGGAUGAGUUCAAGCUGGAGGAUUCGGAGCUGAGCUCGGACUCGGGCUCGGAGCGGGCCGGGGCCGGGCCUGGGGCCGGGCCGGAGGGCGAGCCCGGGGGCGGGGCCGGGGACGGGGGCGGGGCCGGGGCCGGGCCGCUGUCGGACGAGGCCGACCGCCGCAAGGCGCUCACGGACCUCAUCAAGACGGCCGUGGUCCCGCUCGAGAAGCUGCCAGAGGACGUCACCAAGGCCAAGACCGAGGAGCUGCAGGCGCAUCUCAACGCGCAACAGGAGGCUGCUGCGGCGGCGGCGGCGGCGGCGGCGGCUGCAGCGAGACGCGGCGCUUCCGGACGUGGCCGCGGCGGGCGGGGCUCGCGUGGGGCGCGUGGGGCGCGCGGCGGGCCCGGACACGCGGGGCACUCCACGGGGCACGCGGGGCACGCGGGGCACCCGGGGCCCCCGCAGCACCCGGGGCCCGCACACGACGCGGGGCCCGCGCCCGACGACGCGCUCGCCAAGCUCGUCGGCGUCAAGAUCAAAGAUCUGAGAACAGAUGCUACGGUGCUACGGCCUAAUCAAGCGGAACGUGAAAGAAAACGACAGGAACGCGAAGCGAAACAGGCCGAGAAAGAGGCUCGCAAAAUAGAACGUCUACAGAAGAAAGAAGAGAAGGAGAAGUUAAAAGAACAGAAAGCAAAGGAAAGGGAAGAGAAAAAGCUCGCGAAAAUAGCGUUACAGGAGAGUAAGAGAAUGAAAAAAGAGAAGCCGGAGUAUCCGCUGUCCGGGCCCAUAGGUUACGGCAUGCCGAUACGAGCGUCCGGCCCCGAGAUGCAGAGGAUGAACAUGUAUGGCAACUCGCCGAUGCAGGUCCGACAUCCCGGGGACUACCAGGACCAAAGGUUCCCCACGCAGCCCAGGUUGCAGGUGCGGGCGGAGCUUCGCGGCGUCCUGGUGGGCGACGAGCGUCCUCCCCGCGCUGCGCUACGUGACGGCACGUUAUCGGUAGCCGGUUCACCGCAGCCGUUCAAACCUAUCACAGAGGAGCCCAGUAUUAUCACCAGGAUGCCGCACAUGAUCAAUCAACAAUACAGAGGACCGAUGAUGUACCCGGGCGGCAACGCGGCGUACGGAGCGCGCGCGCAGAACGUGGCCAUGUACCCGCUGCAUCCCGGCAUGGGGCCCGGGGCACCAGCGGGGCCCGGGCCCGCGCGCCAGUACCCGCCCCACUACUACCACAUGCGAGCCCUCGCAGCCUACCCCGGGCCCCGCGGGUACCCGGGGCCGCCGGGGCCCGCGGCGGGGCCCCCCCCGGCGUUGGGGCCCGCCCCGGGACCCGCACCGGGGCCGGCGUUAGGACCGACGCUGGGGCCGGCGUCGGGGCCGACGCUGGGCCCCCCGGGCCCCGCCCCGGAGGGCGGCGUGCAGAUCAAGGCGGAGGUGAAGACGGAGCCCGAGUACCGGUCGCCGGCGGCGUCCCCGCGCGCCGCGUCGCCGCGCGAGGAGCCCCCGCCGCGGAACCACCCCAAGAUCAAGCACACAGACAACAAGGACCGCCGCCCGCGGUUCCCGCUCGGGCCCUACGCGCCCUAUGCGCCCUACGGGCCCUACGCGCCCCAGCACGACGGUCCGGGUGGGUUGGUGAGCCUGCAGCCGCGGCCUCCUCCGCCGGGCGCCCCCCCCGCCCCCGCGCCCCCCGCCCCCGCCCCCUCCCCCGCGGGGUACGCGCCGCCGUACCCGCCGCGGCCGCCCUACGCCGCGCCGCGCCCGCCGCCCCGCGCGGGGCCCCCCGCCGACACAGAGCCGCCGCCGGACCGUACGUACCCCGCCCCCGGCCCCGCCCCCGCCGACACAGAGCCGCCGCCGGACCGUACGUACCCCGCCCCCGGCCCCGCCCCCGCCGAGACAGAGCCGCCGCCGGACCGUACGUACCCCUCCCCCGCCCCCGCCCCCGCCGAGACAGAGCCGCCGCCGGACCGUACGUACACCUCCCCCGCCCCCGCCCCCGCCCCCGCCCCCGCCGAGACAGAGCCGCCGCCGGACCGUACGUACACCUCCCCCGCCCCCGCCCCCGCCCCCGCCCCCGCCCCCGCCGAGACAGAGCCGCCGCCGGACCGUACGUACACCGCCCCCGGCCCCGCCCCCUCCCCCGCCGAGACAGAGCCGCCGCCGGAUUGUACGUACGCCGCCCCCGGCCCCGCCCCCGCCCCCGCCGACACAGAGCCGCCGCCGGACCCGUACACCGCCCCCGCCCCCGCCCCCUCCCCCGCCGACACAGAGCCGCCGCCGGACCGUACGUACACCGCCCCCGCCCCCGCCCCCUCCCCCGCCGACACAGAGCCGCCGCCGGACCAGCCGCCGCCGGACCGUACGUACACCGCCCCCGCCCCCGCCCCCUCCCCCGCCGACAGAGCCGCCGCCGGACCGUACGUACACCGCCCCCGCCCCGCCCCCGCCCCCGCCGACACAGAGCCGCCGCCGGAUUGUACGUACACCGCCCCCGCCCCCGCCCCCUCCCCCGCCGACACAGAGCCGCCGCCGGACCCCACCGCCCCCGCCCCCGCCCCCUCCCCCGCCGAGACAGAGCCGCCGCCGGACCGUACGUACACCUCCCCCGCCCCCGCCCCCGCCCCCGCCCCCGCCCCCGCCGAGACAGAGCCGCCGCCGGACCGUACGUACACCUCCCCCGCCCCCGCCCCCGCCGAGACAGAGCCGCCGCCGGACCGUACGUACACCUCCCCCGCCCCCGCCCCCCUCCCCCGCCGACACAGAGCCGCCGCCGGACCGUACGUACACCGCCCCCGCCCCCGCCCCCUCCCCCGCCGACACAGAGCCGCCGCCCCGUACGUACACCGCCCCCCCCCGCCCCCUCCCCCCGCCGACACAGAGCCGCCGCCGGACCGUACACCGCCCCCGCCCCCGCCCCCUCCCCCGCCGACACAGAGCCGCCGCCGGACCGUACGUACACCGCCCCCGCCCCCGCCCCCUCCCCCGCCGACACAGAGCCGCCGCCGGAGAGCCCCCGCCGCCCCCUCCCCCGCCGGAGCCGCCGCCGGACGUACGUACACCGCCCCCGCCCCCGCCCCCCCCCCCGCCGACACAGAGCCGCCGCCGGACCGUACGUACCCCGCCCCCGGCCCCGCCCCCGCCGACACAGAGCCGCCGCCGGACCGUACGUACCCCGCCCCCGGCCCCGCCCCCGCCGACACAGAGCCGCCGCCGGACCGUACGUACCCCGCCCCCGGCCCCGCCCCCGCCCCCGCCCCACAAAUAACUCAAAUUCAUAUCAACAGUAUCAAAAUGAGCAACGUAAUAUUAUAUUUAUAUUUCUUGUUACUGUGUACAGCUGUACCGCGCGCCCCGACUGCGGAGCCCGCCCCGUCGCCGCCGGCUGACAGCCCCGGGCUCCGCAUCCAGACCCCGGAGCUGCAGGCGCCCGCCGCGCAGUCCCCGGGGCCCCCGGGACCCCCGGAGCCCCCCGGGGGACCCAGGGCGCCCCCGGAGCCCGCACCGUACCCCAAGCCGCCGGAGACUGUACAUAAAGAAGAUUCCCCUCCGCGGCUCGACCACAGUAUUAUAAAGCGGGAAGUGGGCGAGGAAGGCGGCGUGUUCGGCGGACUCGUCAGCUACUUCUCCAGCCAGCACGAGGACGACAUGGACGCGUAGGACCGGACCGGACCCGGACCGGACCGGACCGGACCCGGACCGGACCGGACCCGGCCGGACUUGUACAUAAGAUACAAUAGAUAAUUCUAUUUAUACGACGGCGAGUAUCCGCCUCCGCGUAGUUUGUACCCUAUGUAUGAUAUUAUAAUAAAUUUAGAGAUGUAACGACAUAUAUGAGUCUUUUUGGUCUCGAAUAAAAAAUGAUGUAUUAUUAUUUUUGGUUUUGUUUAAGUGAGAUUUAUUUAUAUACAAUACAAAUUAUAAGUACUUACUGUAUACUCUAAAUACGAAUUUUAUUAAAAAGAUUAAUGAAAUAUAUGAUUUCUUU